GCAAGCGGUCGCACACCUCCACUUCUUCACCCCCGAAGUGUGUCUGAGACUGUAGCAGACAUGGUGGAGGUAUUCGUCGGGCGUACUCUGCUGAAUAAAGACGGGGAUUUCGUGGACCCCGAAGAGGCGCUGAGGAACAAAGUGGUGGGAAUAUACUUCUCUGCGGGCUGGUGUCCGCCCUGCAGAGACUUCACGCCCAUCCUGUGCGAUUUCUACACGGACCUGGUGGAGGAAAGUGAACCUCCUGCCCAGUUUGAAAUAGUUUUUGUCUCCUCGGACAAGUCGACAGAUGACAUGGUUGAAUAUUACCACGACAUGCACGGAGACUGGCUGGCUCUGCCCUGGACGGAUGAUUACAAACACGAGUUGAAGCAGCGCUACAAGAUCACAGCGGUGCCCAAACUGGUGAUCGUGAAGGAGAACGGCGAAGUGAUCACCGACAAGGGCAGGAAGCAGAUCAGAGAGCGGGGCCUGGCCUGCUUCAGGUCCUGGCUGGACGCUGCGGAGAUCUUUCAGAACUUCAAGGGUUAGGCGACGACACGAACGUGGAAGAGGAGGGGGGGAAAAAAAACGUCAGCCGAUCUUCACUCGAAGGCCCGCCGCCGCCGCCGCCGCAGCCACAUUAGAGAGCCGAAGAAAACCAAAUAUUUCACUUUGGGUUUGUCGUUCCCGGCCGUAGGGUUAACGUAGCCGAGGGGAUUUGAAGCAUUUGAAAGAGCAAAUCAUAUUUCUUUGCACAGAAUGAAUUAGUUUCCCUGUGUUCCGGUCUAAUCCUGGAUGUUUUGUUAACUUCUUAAACACUCAAAUGAAGCAAUCUGAGACUCAAACAUUGGUUGAUUUGCUCCUGUGAUGCUUUGAUGAUUGUUUUUUUUUAAAAUAGAUGUUGAUACAUUUUAUACCAAAGGAGUUGGGGGGGGGAAAAAAAUCAACAUGCUAGUCGCUGACUUAUAGCAAACAUGCUAUGCAAUGGUGAGAACGCUCUGCUUUAGAGAAAUUGUACGAGUGCAUUAAAACAGAGUAACCUUGCCCUCAUUUGAUAGAUGAUUUCCAGAGAGCUUGUAAAGCACUCUUGCUUUUGUACUUUUAAAGUCUGUACUUGUAGUUCUACUCCGAGCUGCCUGUUUAUUUUUGUAUCUUCUUUUUUAUGAGUUGUUAAGGCGGAUAUUAUUAAAAGAAAAAUCCAA